AUGUCACACACACCUGAUGCACCUUUAAUCUGCAGUCUGGAGGGACUAUUUUGCUGCCGAAGACGAAGUGCCUGUCAGGAUAACGUACCUGUCAGGGUACGAAGAGGUGCUCAUGCAGGUCAUGUACUUGGAGGGAAUUCAGACGUUGAUAAUAAUGGAAUAUUGGGACCAAUAUCAACAAAUCCAAGUCCACCUUCAACAUCGUCGCAAGAGGAAUCUUGCAAACCAUCACCACGAAAUUGUUACCGGCUUGUUAUACUAGGAAGUGCCCGGGUUGGCAAAACUUCAAUUGUAGCAAGGUUCCUGUCUAAUAAAUUUGAAGAAAGUUAUACUCCAACAAUUGAAGAUUUCCAUCGUAAAUUGUACAGAAUUAAGGGAGAAGUGUAUCAAUUGGAUAUUUUGGAUACUAGCGGUAAUCAUCCUUUUCCAGCUAUGCGAAGACUUUCUUUCUUAACUGGAGAUUUGUUUGUGGUCGUCUUUAGUAUGGAUAGUCCAGAAACUUUUGAAGAGGCAACAAGAUUAAGAGAAGCAAUUAUUGAAACAAAAAAAAGUGCAAUACAAGGAUCGGGAAAAAAUAAAUUAACCAGUUCUUUAAAAGUUCCCAUGGUUAUUGCAGGCAAUAAAUGUGAUAGAGAUAUUAAAAAAGUGACAGUCGAAGAAGCCCAACAAUAUUGUGGAAAUCAGGAUGAUUGUUGCAUUUUUGUUGAAGUAUCAGCCAAAAGAAAUUAUCAUGUAGAUGAUCUUUUUUAUCAUUUAUUUAUAGUAGCUGGUUUACCAUUGGAAAUGGCACCCAAUCAUCAUAGAAGAGUUCCUUUAAAUUUUGGUUCUCCUACGAUGCUACCACCUUCUCAGCCAAAACACAAAACUACCCUCAGUAUUAAACGGCGACUAAGUGAUGCUUGUGGAGUAGUUGCACCUGUUCGUCGGCCAAGUUUAAGGACAGAUUUAAUGAUAAUGAGAACUAAAACUUGUUCUACUGGAGCUGAAAAUAAUAUUCCAGGAUCACGUAUUACAUUGUGGUCUGUUGAUUCGAAAAAAAUGUGUUGUAUUCAGUAAAUAAUAAUAAUAAUAAUAAUAAUAAUAAUAUUAAACUAGUAUUUACAUGUAAUCAAUAGUUGAUAGCAUUAAAUACAAUUGUACAAAAAAA